AUGGAUGAAAUCUCGACGAUUGGAUUUCAGAUCAUUUCCUUGGCGAAAGAUAAACCGGAAGGCAUCAACAAUGACGAUCUUUCCGAAUCGCUACAAGGCGUUCCGCCGGAAAAGCGUGUGCAAGCGCUAAACAAGCUACUGUUGGACGGUGUGCUGGAGAUACUGAAGAAGGGCAACACGUUGAUAUACCGCAUGAAGGAUCCGGGAAAGAAAUCGUCCGCCCCGAAGGAUAUCGACAAUGAGGAGCGCGUCAUAUACAACAUUGUGGAGGAGGGGGGCAAUAAGGGAAUCUGGAUAAGGGACAUUCGUGUAAAAUCUAAUUUGGUCAUGACGCAGUUAAACAAGGUGCUGAAACAGUUGGAAAACAAGAAGCUUAUAAAGGCGGUCAAAUCUGUAAAUGCAAGCAAAAAGAAAGUGUACAUGCUGUACAAUCUCGAACCGGAUCGUUCCAUUACGGGUGGUGCAUGGUAUCAGGAUCAGGACUUUGAGGCAGAGUUUGUAGACGUGCUAAACCAACAAUGCUUACGGUUUUUGCGCAUGAAGCGUGAUUCAGCACGUACGAGUGGCGAGGGCCCGCUGGCGGUGCAGAAGCUGUCCGAAUGUACCGUGGCGGACGUUCAUCGAUUCAUCUCCGAUCUCGGUAUUAGCAAAAUCAGUCUGGACGAGGAUGAUUUGGAAACGAUUCUCAAGACGGUCGUGUACGAUGGGAAGGCUGAGCGGAUUGCACAGAUUAAUGGAGGAUUUCUGUACCGGGCUAUAGAGACACCAAUUGCGGCACCGGGCCUGGUACAGAUGCCGUGUGGCAUCUGUCCGGUCAUUAAAAAUUGUGCCGAUUGCGGUGAAAUUACACCGAAACUGUGCACUUACAUUAGUGAGUGGUUAGAUUAGGGAAAAGGAAU